CUCCUCUAGUCUCUCCAUUCCUUCCCACUCGCCUCCUGCCUCUCAUUCCCAGUCCAUAACAUCGCAACAAUGGCUUCUCGCCCUCAAAACAUUGGCAUCAAGGCUAUCAGCCUGUACUUCCCCAGCCAGUACAUCACCCAGAGCGACCUCGAGGUCCACGAUGGCGUCUCCACUGGCAAGUACACCAUCGGUCUCGGUCAGACCAAGAUGACCUUCUGCGACGAUCGCGAGGACAUCUACUCCUUCGCCCUCACCGCCGUUUCUUCCCUCCUGAAGGACUACAAGAUCGACAAGAACUCGAUCGGUCGCCUUGAGGUCGGUACCGAGACCAUCCUCGACAAGUCCAAGUCCGUCAAGACUGUCCUCAUGCAGCUCUUUGGCGAGAACACCAACAUUGAGGGUGUCGACACCAUCAACGCUUGCUACGGUGGCACCAACGCCCUGUUCAACUCCGUCAACUGGGUCGAGUCAUCGGCUUGGGAUGGCCGCGACGCCAUCGUCGUCGCUGGCGACAUUGCCCUCUAUGCCAAGGGCAAUGCCCGCCCCACCGGCGGUGCUGGCUGUGUUGCCAUGCUCGUCGGCCCCAACGCCCCUGUCCGCAUCGAGCCCGGCUUGCGUGGUACCUACAUGGCCCACGUCUACGACUUCUACAAGCCCGACUUCACGAGCGAGUACCCUUACGUCGAUGGCCACUACUCGGUCAACUGCUACAUGGAGGCUCUUGACGCGGCCUACCGCGACUACUGCCGCCGUGAGGCCAAGCUUUCCCAGAACGGCCAUGUCAAUGGCACAUCGGACAGCACCAAGACUCCCCUGGACCGCUUCGACUACCUGUGCUUCCACUCGCCGACCUGCAAGGUCGUCCAGAAGUCGUACGCUCGUCUUCUGUACCACGACUACCUCGCCAACCCCGAGGACCCUGCCUUUGCCGAGGUUCCAGGUGACAUCCGUGACAUGGACUACAAGAAGUCCCUGACUGACAAGGUCGUCGAGAAGACCUUCAUGAACCUCACCAAGAAGCGCUUCGCCGAGCGUGUUGGCCCUGCGAUCCAGGUCGCCACCAACUGUGGCAACAUGUACUGCGGCAGUGUUUGGAGUGGUCUGGCCAGCUUGCUCGCCCACGUCGGCAGCGCAGGUCUGCAGGGCAAGCGCGUUGGCCUGUUCAGCUACGGCUCUGGUCUUGCUGCCAGUUUCCUGUCCUUCCGCGUCGAGGGUGAUGUUGAGGAGAUGGUCAAGAACCUCAACAUUCCUGCCAGACUCGAGGCCAGACGCCAGGUCGCGCCUAGCGUCUACGAGGACUUCUGCGCGCUUCGCCACGAUGCCCACCUUCAGAAGGGCUUCUCUCCCAAGGGUGACGUCUCCACCAUCGCCCCCGGCACCUACUACCUGGAGAAGGUCGAUGACAUGUUCCAGCGCUCCUACCUCAUCAAGGAGUAAGCGUACCUGUCUGCGACGCAUAUGCUGGCGACGCGGAUGCCUUUAAGGGCGUCCGUGGUCUGAACCAGAACGGCCGUUUUGGCGCCCGUGCUCCAUUGUCCUGGGGACAACGUAC